ACGUAAUGAAGUUCCGUUCGGCCCGUCUUCGACGGAGUCGCCAUAUUUUGCGGAUCGAACGAGGAGCUCCGGGCGACGCCAUUGUGUGAGCAUCACGACCCGUUCGCCGUGUAACUGUGAGAGAGCGUGCGACGUGCGUUGCGUAGUCGCGUGUCAUCGUCGCUUCGGAGUCCGGAUUUUUGCGCGCGGACGACGGAUCGUUGCAGCGGAAGCUGAAUAAAUGUGCAAGCAAGAUGUACAGCAAUAACAUCGACCCCUGGGAGCCUGGCUACGGGCCAGAGAGGAGAAGUCACAAUUCCGACUACGACUACCGCAGCGAUUACGGCAACAACAGGUCGCCGGAGUAUUCGGAGCACCGUGAUGUUGAUCAUCGCGAUAGGGACCAUCGUAGUCCAGAGUACAGGAAUCACCGUGGGAGAGACAGGGAGCGCGAGAGGGAUCGUUCGAGGGAUAGGCGAGACCGUAGCAGAGACGAUCGUGACCGCAGCUAUAGAGACCGCGAGGAUCGCUACGGGAGGCAGCGAGAUAGAGACUCUGUAGAUAGGGACAGGGAUAGGGAUAGGGACCGGGACAGGGACAGGGAGCGUUCGAGACGCGACCGAGAUCGGGAUAGGGAUAGGGACCGUAGGGGGAAGCGGGAGGAUCGGGAUCGCGAUCGCGACGACGAUCACAGUCGCGAGAGUUUGGACUUUGAGCACGACCAUGGCCGCGCCUAUGGCUCGUCCAUGGAGGGGAUCCACUACAAAUCGCAAUCGCCCAACAACACCAUAAUGAUACGUGGGCUCGCUCAGCACAUUACUGAAAAUGACGUGCGGCAAGAUAUCCUCAACUGCGGUCUCAUGCCUAAGGACAUCAGGCUGAUACGCAAAAAAGAUACAGGUGCUUCGCGAGGUUUCGCAUUCGUCGAGUUUAACGCGACUCAGGAGGCCGCACGAUGGAUGGAGAUGAAACAGGGAGUGCUGAUGCUGCAGGAUCAAUAUCGCGCGCUAAUGCAGUACAGCAUACCGAAAGAGUGCCAUGUGGAUAAACCGCCGGCGAAAAAUACGCAGGAUUGGCACUGCGUCAAGUGUGGAGCGCACAAUUUCAAGCGGCGCGAGACUUGCUUCAAGUGCUCCGCCUCGCGAGCGGAGAGCGAGGAGGGCGGGGAAGGAAGCGACGAGAUCAGCCCGCAUCCCACCAACACCGUGCUUCUACGGGGAUUGGACGUGUUGACGACCGAGGACUCGGUGCUGCAGGCGAUGAAGAACCUGUCGUCGUUGCCGAUACGCAGCAUUCGCAUCGGUCGCGAUUCCCUCACCAACACGUCCAGGGGAGUUUGCUACUUGGAGAUGGGCAAUGUAGUGGACGCCAUGUACUUGCAUACCGCGCUCACGAAGCAAGGACUGGUGGUCGACGGCAGGAAGGUGGAGAUAACGUACUGUAAGCUACAUCAAAUUAAUAAUACGAACGCGUGGAAGUCGAACGACACUCAGCCGCAGAGGUACACCUUGGACGACGUCGCUCAAUUGGCUGAAUACAGUGCCAACUUGUAUGCCAAAACGCCUGCACAGAAGGCCCAUUACCUUCAGUAUUACACGCAGUACUAUCAAAAUCAAAUAAUGCAGGGCUCGGCGAUCACGUUGCCGUCCCUGAAUCAGACGGACCGGGUAAACGCGGCCGCGGCGGUAGCGCAAUCCGCUAUACAACAAUUGCAGGCGUCCAGAAAGCUGGGAGGGGAGACCGACGACGUGAAGGGUCGACCAACCCCCACGGCACCCUCCAGUACGACAUUAGCCAGUGGGAGGGUUCCCGCGCAUUCCAGCGAUGGGAAAGUAUACUCUGUACCGGACGUUAGCACUUAUCAUUACGACGAAUCGUCUGGCUACUAUUAUGAUCCUAGCACGGGACUAUAUUACGACCCGAACUCGCAAUAUUAUUAUAACAGUCAUACGCAACAGUUUCUUUAUUGGGACGCCGAAUCAUUCUCUUAUCAACCGGCUAAGACUACUGCAAGUACGACACAGGGAGCUACAAACACGAUAACAGCAACGGCAAGCAGUACAGAUUCCGCGAACACGAUCAGCAGUCAAGCUACGACUUUGUCAGCCGCUAAUACGGUUCAGGAGGCGUUGAAAGAGGACGAGAAUAAGAAGAAAGACAGUAAGCAGGAUAAAGUAAAGGUAGCAAAGAAAAUAGCGAAAGACAUGGAGCGUUGGGCAAAGACUUUGAAUCAGAAAAAAGAGAACGCCAAGAGUAAUUGGAACUCUGAGUUUGCCGGUAUGGAUGGCACUCAAGGUAUUGGAAGUGGCGCAGCGGACGCGGGAUAUGCUAUCCUGGAAAAGAAAACUUUUGCCAAUCAGUAUCACGAGGAUGAAGAUCAGAGCGGUAAUGGAUUGGUAGCUGCUUAUGGAGGCGGUAGCGAUACAGAGGAGGAGAUAGAAGACGUGCAACAGGAAGAGAAACAGCAUACGGAUUGGAGUAAACUGGCAUGUUUACUCUGCAAACGACAGUUCCCAAGCAAGGAGGCGUUGCUCCGACAUCAACAGUUGUCCGAUCUUCACAAGCAAAACCUGGAAAACUGGUACCAAGUACGUGGUCUGGACCCUAAUGAUCCACAACAGAGAAACAAUAAGUAUAGAGACCGCGCCAAGGAAAGGAGGGCCAAGUACGGUGAGCCUGAACCACCACAGCCCAACAAAUUGAAAGAGAAAUACUUGAAGACCAGGGUGGAGGACAUGUCCGUAUCUUACGAGGAGCCUACACGAGCCGGUAUCGGAUCUGAUAACGUCGGCAAUAAAUUACUGCAAAAAAUGGGCUGGAGCGAGGGAAUGGGUUUAGGAAAAUCUAAUCAAGGUAGAACGAGUAUUAUUGAGGCCGAGAGACGCGUUCCCACGGCCGGCUUAGGAGCGAAGACUUCGUCGUACAGCGCGUUACCCGGUGACACCUACAAGGACUGCGUGAAAAAGAUGAUGUACGCGCGAUAUCAAGAACUGUCCGAUACGUAAUACGUAGGAUACGAUUAAGAUAAAUUUUAUAUAUACAUACAAGUUCUUGUACUCCAUUUUCCAUAGACGCAUAAUUACACACUCGUAUUGUUAUCAUUCGAACAAUGUAAUAGCAAUUUACUGGUAACUGCACAGUGAUAGCCAGUUCUUUGGGAUUGUUGCAUACACCAUGCAAUACGCAUUUUAUACAUCCUCUUGCAAAGUCCCGUUAUCGUAUGCUUCAACGAUGUUCUACGUACAAUAAAUCUUUUUUUUUUCUGUAAUAUAUAUAUACGGUACACCAAAAUGCAAUAUGUUGUCAAGAUACACACAUACGCGCCAUUUUAUUUUAUUUAUUUUAUAAUAUCAAUGUUAUUCGCAAAUUGACAAGCUGAUAACGAACCUUGGAUUAUAUCUCUGAUUCUUUCGAGAAUGCAUUUUCCGUAUGGAAAUCACUCUGUCGAGAUGAAUAUAAUUGUAUCAUUGUGCAAUGCAAUAAUAUUUGCCUACGAAUAAAUUAUACACAAUUAUAAUAAUAAUAGUAAGAGAUUUAUGGUCAACUAAUAACUUGCUGAAAUUUUUUUUUAAUUGUAUUUGGCAGGUGAAAUUUUGAACGUAAAAAUGUGAUGAUUUGACAGGUUAUUAUAAAGUUGUACUAAAAAUAAAUAUCACUACGAACAU